AUGGAGAAAAUGUUGCGUCUUAUCCAUGCCAGUCGACUUGUUUUCGCGUUUGCGUUUAUCGUGUCUGCUUGGAGAGAUUAUGAUGAUGAACGUACUUGGUUGGUAUUUAACCUUAAUGGUGAAGAAGCUGCUCAGGAGUACAUAAUUCUUGGUAUAGUAAUGAAGGCCAAGUACAUAAUUGGUCUUGGUAUUGUGAUGAAGUUAUACGGAGGGAUAUCUUUCCUCUCCAGCACUUGCCCCGGAGCGCUUAUCUUGUAUGUUAACGAGACACUGUUAGCAGAUAAUGGAGUGCGCAUGGCCAUGUGCCACCACGAGUCCAUAGAUCAGGAAGAACAGAGCCAGAAAUUUUGCGAUCUAAUUAACGAGAUUGAGAGACAAGCCAACUCGAAUCCUCUGUUCACACAGAGCAAGUUUAACACAUUUUUCUUGCCCUUCAUUAAGGGUUUUGGAAUAAUAGCUGCUUUGGUGUUCUUCAUUACGAUAAAACAUAAGUAUGGGAUGCUCAAGAAGCACAAAACUAAUUGA